UACUAAAGGAAUGCACAGGAGCCUACAUGUAAUGGUUUACAUCAACACACCUGGAAGGGGGCAGACUCCCAUGUAAAAUGGAUGGGGGUGCUUGUCAUACUUCUUAGGGGUUAAAAAGAGCAGUUUUUGGUGUUCAGCCUCAAAAAGUCCACAGCAGGAGCUUUCACUGUACCUUUUAGGGUAUUGAGCCAAAAAUAAAUAUGACAGGAGAUAUUUGAUAAUCAACUUUAUGAGUAGAAGGUAUUCAAAGCAAUUGUCUUUAUCACUCUUAAAAAUUGUGAAAGUGUUAGUUUUAGUUUUAGAAUUGGGUACCUCCUUGGGGUGAAAAAUUUCAAUCCAUGCCCACAAAACAGUAUCUUGAUACUUCUUAGAGGUUCUUUUCAAAAUUUUUGAUGAGCAUUCCAAUCCUUUUGAUAUGAGACCGCCCCCCCCCGCCCCCCCCUUGGGUCUACAUGAUGCAGGCUCUAUGUCCAGAGGCCCACAUUCAAGUUCCUCCUGUGACUUUUACACUUUCAUGGCAUCUCUCUUUACCCAGGAGAGGAAAUGGACUUUUACUUGGUCUAGGACUUCUGCCCGAAGUAUUAUUUUAUUGAAAAACCUCAAAAUUAUAAUUUAUUAAGAUAAAUUGAAUAUUGAGGUGCUCUCUGUGGAUUGAAAUGUACCUAAAAUAUUCUAAAUAUUGUCACUUACUUUUCGCAAGUUAUGAAAAUUUUCAAUACUGUUGGACCCUGCUAAUUUGAACUUGGUUCUUUUGAAUUCCCUAUUAUUUUGAACUGCAAGCCAUUUCCCUUGAAUUUCUUUUCAGUCAUUUACUAUCAGCUAUUUUGAACUCCUGCUAUUUCGAACUAUUUUUCAUGCCCCCUGAGAGUUCGAAAUAGCAGGGUUCAUCUGUGUAUAAGAGAUUUGUUUGAACUUCUUGCUCAAGAAAAGCCUGAGGUUACCCAUAGUCUAACAGGAUACUCUAUAGAAAUUUGUGUAACAUAUAUAGUGAGAAAUACAUACCGGUAACAAUUUUUAUUGUGAAUAAAAAUGAAAAAAUUAUUAGAAGCAGUACACAUUAAGCGAUGAUAUGUCAAUUCAUCUUUCUCCACAAUUUAUUUAUUUUUUUCUUUAAUUUUGCAAAAAAGGAAACUGUGAGAGCAGAUAAGCAAGCCAUGUAAGAGUGGCUGAAAUGGAAUUUACAAGGAGUUUUUUCUUUUUUCUUUUUUUUUUUGCCUCAGCUCACUGUAUCGGAAUUGCAAGCGAGGAAAAAAUUUAGUGACAAAACUGAUUUCGUGGGAGGAAAUGAAAAGAAUUGAUUUUGUUACAAUUUCCUUAUGCGGAAGUGGAGUUCCGACGACAUUUCCGACUGUCGUCGGAAAUUUUCCGUGCGUUCGUCGUCGCAAGUUCUAAAAUACGAUUGGUUACUCAGCAUCACGUGGUAAUCUCCAGAGCUGCGGAAUCUUCGCCCAACGAUGUAAACAAAAUGGCGGGCAAUUGAUUGAUCAUUUUAUCGCUACAAUGCUUGGCAUAGUGAUUGAAUUGCUAGUAUUUAACAACAUAACGAGGAAAUGAGUUCGAUGCAAUCCACUUUGGACGCUCUGACGAGUGUUGACUCGCUUGUUGAGACCCUGAAAGCCUGUAUUUGGAAGCAAGACAAAAUUAUUCGCGAGCAGAAGCAAGAGAUUGAAAGUCUCAAGUCUUUAGUGAAAGAACUCGAAAAAGAACGAAAGGAACUUCGUCGUUACAUCGUGAAGGAAAGAGCUAACAGCUCGACGAGCGUUAAAACAAGCGCAACAAACGUACCUGAUGACAAUAGCAGUACAACUGAAGACUUCAGGAGACUAUCUCAGGGUACCCCAGAAAGAAAUCCUUCAAGUUCAAGCAACUCUGAGGUCUUUACAACCCCUCAAGCACUACCAAGCUCUCCUAUAAUCACUAUUACACCAGAAAAUGGUUUUACUGCGAAUUAUGUAUCGCCACAAAACUCUCCAGGAGGAACACCAAAACUUGUGAAGCGGGAUACUUUCAAACAAGUCAAAAGAAAUGACAGCUUGUCGCGGCAGAAAUCGUUCUCAAAGAAGUAUGAACUCAGCCCUGAACUUCAAGACCAAAGUGUUAGGUUUCUUGAGCGCAAAUAUGGAGGCAAACUGAAAGCACACCAUGCAGCACAUGUAAUUCAGUCCUAUUACCGUAAGUAUAGGAUGGAUAAACAAUUUAGAAGAAUGCGAACAUACUCUACAACUCCAGGUAAAGAUCCCUUUAGGAACAAAUCUAAUAGUGAUCCUUGUUCUCAAGUUACAAGCCCCAGGGUGGAAAGCCCUGGGCAAUCCCAAGUGACGCCUGUGCUUCGAAUCAAGAAAAAACCAAGUGGAAAUCAGAGAGUCAAGUCCAUACUUAUUAUAGACAAUAUUAACAGUUUAAAUGGAGGAGAACCUCAGCGUCUGUAUAGCAGUGAAUCGUCACCAAACUUUGUUGAAGAAAAAUUUCCAGCUGAUCUUACAUCUAUCUUUGUUGGAGCUUCAAUUCAAGUCGAAGACAAGCAACAAGAGCAAAGGGAUGUAACAAAUGAAAAGGCUGAAACAAGGCAAGGCAGUGUUACUAGCAUAACGGAACAUUAUGUGAAAGUCGAGGUUCUAGAUAAUGUGGAAACUCUGCCAGAUGACGCAUUUGUUGAGGAUGGCGAGACCUCCAAGAAGGUUCCUAAUGGUGAUCUGCCUAUGCGUCCACGGGGAGAAACCUUCAAUGAGGAUGGCUCUAUGUGUGAGAGUGAUGACUCAGGGGAUGAUAUGAGAAGAGAUCUAAGCAGUGUGGACAGCUUGGAUGGUAUGUGUGCCUCCACAGAAGUACCCAGUACUGAUGAUGACUCCAUAAGUCUUUAUUCUGACUAUGAUUCUGGGACAAAACCUCAGAAGUUGGAAACUAGGAUUGGUAUCAAUCAUUUCAACAGGAAACCAGAGAAGGGGAUUAACUAUCUUGUGGCACAUCAUGUGUUGGAGGAUAACCCUGAAGCAGUAGCAAAGUUUCUUUUGACGGAACCUGGGAUCAGUAAACAGAAACUUGGAGAGUACCUUGGCAAUUUACAGAAUGAAUUCAAUAUGGAAGUUCUGAAGUAAGUAAAUUGCAAACAGCUGGUAAAUUCCCUGUAAAAUUGACUACAAAUCUUUACCCUCUCAGUUACAAGUAGAAAGUAUGUUAAGGUUUUAAAUGAGCGUUCAACUGA